AUGGAUUGGUUAUUGAAUCCGGCCCUGCGUGCGGUGGGCGGGGGCGGGGGUGUUGCGGCGCUAUAUGUUGAGCGGCGAGCGCGCGAGGCCGGCGGGCGCGGCGGCCACGCGGCGGCCGAGCUCGGCGAGCCGCUCGUCGUGCUGGCGAGCGCGCGCGCCGAGCGCCCCGCCCAGCGCCAGCAUGCGCUGCGUCGCCUCCUCGCCCCACGCCUCCGCCAUGCGCACCUGCGCACGCAAACAAACAUGUCUACUACAUGCAACAUUUAUACACCACCAAAACGAACAGGCAACUCAUGA